AUGUCACCUCAAGCAAACGGCAACGGCACCAAUGGCACCAACGGCUCUGCACAUGCACCCACAGAAAACAAGAACGGUGACCUCUACCGCGACUAUGCCGAUGACAGGAACGCCACGUCUGAGGAAGUUACAUACACCACAUCAAACGGUGUGCCAUACCCUCACCCGUACGAGGCACAAAGGGCGGGUGAGAACGGACCUCUUCUCCUCCAAGACUUCCACCUGGUCGACCUCCUCUCGCACUUCGACCGUGAGCGUAUCCCGGAGCGAGUAGUCCACGCCAAGGGCGCUGGUGCACACGGCUACUACACCACAACAGACUCUCUCGAAGAUCUCUGUUUGGCGGACAUUUUCAAACAAGGAAAGACAUGCCCUAUCUCUGUCCGAUUCUCGACAGUCGGUGGCGAGUCUGGCUCUCACGAUUGCGCCCGCGACCCUCGUGGGUUUUCUGUAAAAUUCCGGUCGGAUGAAGGCAACUGGGAUGUCGUCGCCAAUAACACACCAGUGUUCUUCCUAAGAGAUCCGGCCAAGUUCCCCCACUUCAUCCACACACAAAAGCGUCAUCCUUCAACCCAUCUGACACAUGCGGACGACUCCACAAAUUUCUGGAACUACGCUUCGCAGAAUCCGGAGUCUAUCCACCAGUUUAUGAUUUUAUUCGGGGAUCGUGGUAUUCCGGAUGGAUACCGUAAGAUGCACGGAUACAUUGGCCACACCCACAAGCUGGUCAAUUCGAAAGGAGAGUGGGUCUAUAUGCAGCUGCACUUCAAGUCGAAACAGGGCACUGGCUUCAUCACUCAGGAGGAUUCGGCCAACUAUUCUCCUGACUACUCGACCAAGGACCUGUACCAGGCGAUUGAGAAGGGCGACUUCCCUGGCUGGGACGUCAUGGUUCAGACCAUGACUGCCAAGGAAGCUGAGGAGCUGUGGGAGAACCAGAAGAUCAACGUGUUUGACAUGACACACGUCUGGCCGCAGGAUCAGUUCAAGCUUCGCAAGGUUGGAGAGUUCUUCUUGAACGAGAACCCGCAGAACUACUUUGCGGAGAUUGAACAGAUUGCUUUCAACCCUGCGCACUUGGUUCCUGGCAUCGAGCCCUCAGCUGACCCUGUGCUGCAGUCUCGUCUCUUUUCGUACCCUGAUACUCACCGUCACCGCAUCGGUGCCAACUACCAGCAGCUGCCUGUAAAUGCACCGCGUGUGCCGUUCCGUAUGGGCAACUUUCAGCGUGACGGACAGAUGGCCUUUUACAACCAGGGGGCGAGGCCUAACUACUUGUCUUCGAUCCAGCCGAUCCAGUUCAAGAAGAGGUCGGUCGAGCUGAACCAGGUGCACGGCGCCUUCCAAGGCGAGGCCAUUGCAUUCUUGUCCGAGAUCCGGCCCGAAGACUUCAAUGCCCCGCGCAAGCUGUGGGAGAAGGUGUUUGACGACGGUGCCAAAGAGCGCUUCAUCAAGAACAUCUCUGGUCAUAUGGAGACGUGCACAGAUGAGGAGACGAUCAAGCGGGUUAUUUCCAUCUUCAGGGAAGUCUCAGACGACAUUGCGACUCGCAUGGAGAAGGCCACGGGCAUCAAGGGGUACGCAGGCAUCAGUGAUCUGCAGUUCAACGGUUCUCAUAACGGCAUGACAAGGGACGACAGCAAGAGGGCUGCGAACGGAAAGGAGAAGAAGUACCACGAGCGCAACGGUGCCCCUCAAAAAGGUGCGCACUAG